CCGAAGGCCCGUGGCCGUACAUUCCCUCGUGUCAGUGCUGCCAGGAGCUUGGAGGCGCCUUGCAGGGGGAGGGGAGGCUGCUUUGCUGGGCUCGCCGCCGCAGCUGCUGCUGCUGCUGCCGCCGCCGCCGCCGGAUCCAGCCCGCGCCCGGGCGGAGACUGCCGAAGAGUCCUCCUCUCCCUUCCUCGUGGCCUCCGGAUCCCCGUUCGCAGGCUCGGCUCCCUUCUUUUCAGCGCUCCGUUCCCAUCUCCGGAUUCGCACACAUGGAACUGCUGUGCGUGGAGGGGGUAAUCCGGGCCAAGCGGGAUCCGCAGCUAUUAAGGGACCGGCGGGUCCUGCAGAAUCUGCUCAGCCAGGAAGAGCGCUGCUGCCUUCGCGUUUCCUACUUCCAGUGCGUGCAGAAGGAGAUCCAGCCGUACAUGCGGAAGAUGUUGGCGUUCUGGAUGUUGGAGGUUUGUGAGGAGCAAAAAUGUGAAGAAGAGGUGUUUCCCUUGGCCAUGAAUUAUGUGGAUCGCUAUUUGUCCUGUGUCCCCACCCGCAAAAACCACUUGCAACUCCUGGGAGCUGUCUGCAUGCUUUUGGCUUCCAAGUUGCGAGAAACCAUGCCUUUAAGCGUACAGAAACUCUGCAUUUACACAGACAAUUCCAUCACACCAUGCGAAGUUUUGGACUGGGAGUGUUUGGUCUUAGAGAAGCUCAAAUGGGACCUGGUUUUGGUAAUAGCAAAUGACUUCCUGGAUCACAUUCUCCAUCGGCUGCCACUUCCCCAGCCUAAGGUGGACUUGGUGAAGAAACACGCCCAGACCUUCAUUGCGUUGUGCGCCACAGAAUACACCUUUGCUAUGUAUCCACCAUCCAUGAUUGCUACGGGUUGCAUUGGAGCAGCAGUCCAUGGCCUCUCUACCUCAUCUGACCAUUUUUCUGGCGAGGCGCUUACUGAACUCCUUGCUAGCAUUACUGGCACAGAGGUGGACUGCCUGAAAGCUUGCCAGGAGCAGAUCGAGGCUGCCUUAGCUGAGAACCUGAAACGAAUAUCUCAGCCUCAGCAAGAAUAUAGCCCCUCCAAGAAUGCAGCUUACCUGGACAGCCAGGAAGUCAGCUUGACCAGCACACCUACGGAUGUCACAGAUGUCAACCUGUGACCAAGUCCUCCUGGUGACUACCCAGUUCUCAGAAAAAAAAGGCCUCCUGGAACAUUCUACCAUCACUGAAGAACUGAGAGAAUUUUCCCAGCAGAUACCAUAUUUCUAUAUAAGGCUGUUGGCACUGGGUUGUAGUGGACUUGGGUGGGACUCAAGAAGGAAUAGGCCUCUUGAAAGAGGACUGUUUUUCUGUGUUGCUAGCCUGGGUUUCCAAGGAUCAGGGGAGCCUUCUGGGGUAAUCGAACCAAGCUUAAACCUGGGAAGGAUGAGUGAGCAUAGUGUCAAUUCAAAACAUUCAUUGGUUUGGGUCUCUUCAUUGGUGGGGCAUUGCUGAUAUACUGCUAUUUUAUCUCAAUCUUUGCUGCAUGCCUAUUGCAUGCAAGUCAAGAGAGAGAAUGCACUUUCGUUGGCUCAAUCACCUUCACCUUCCAUAAAGACUUGUUGAUGUUCACCUGAGACGACCUUGGCUAAAGCUGUUUUGCUCAGGCUGCCUUUACUGGUCAUUGGUAAGAGCCCAAGCAAUAGAGAGUAUAGCACUGAGAUCCCUUUCCAGCUUCACUCAGUGCCAGGGACGUCUUAGUUCUUUGAAGAUCUAGAGUAGCACAAUCCUUGAGCCCUUCAUUUGAGAACGAGUGGGGGGUUUGCUUGCUUUUUGUAGGUGCUUAUAAAGGUGCUGCUUGUCAUAGUGAAAAUGUGGGGAGGCCCGAAGGGAUACAUUCUACUUGCACCUGGUUGCCUUUGCUUACUCCUGUGAGAUCUAUGAGCUGCUUUAUUUAUUGUAAGAACUAAAUCUUGUAAAACUGCAGAAUGAAGGGACAUCAGCAUUCUGGUCUGUCCCAUCUUGCCAUAUAAAAUAGUGCCUUAAUGUUGUUUCCUCAUUCUCCUUCAUACCUCUGGGUUGCUUACUUUGAGAGAUUAGUCAUUGUAGAAGUCAUUCACAUUCAGAGUACACCCAACACUUGCUGCUAUACUUGUAUGUAUAAAUCCCUCUUCUCUUCACUGCCAAAAACCUUUUAAAAGGCAGGCAGGAGAGCUGGAUGGAGAUGGAUGGAGUAGGAGUAAGUAAAAAGUUUUCUAAUGUAAUCACCUGCUUUUAUAAGGGGGAUAAAAGAUUAAUUUCUUUCCCCUAAGAGUUUACAAUAUGAUGAGCUGCAGACUGCACUGGUGUCAAGAGUUAAAUUCUUGUUUGUUCAGGAAAAAAAAUGUGCUGGGUUCCCCUGCCCCCCCAAAUGCUGCUUUUAUGAAAGAUCACUUUGAGAAAUAUUAGGUGAACUAGAGUGAUGGGAGCAAACCUUGCCUUUGAGUUCUAGUGGUAUUCCAUUCUUCAGCCCUCUGACUGUACUAGAAAUGCGAACUGAUGCACAGGCAUCCCCUGUGGGGGAAAGGGGCAAGUGACAAAAUGUGCAGCAGCGCUGCAGCACAAACUGCCCCCUUGUGUGCUUGCAUGCAGUGAUGCGACACAAGUAUGAAAGGGAGGAGCUUGCAUUAUGAUGUCAUGACAUGUUUUGUCAUUUUGGCAUUGUGAUUAUAAACUCAAACACCACUGGAGACAGUCAUGCUUACCAAAAAAAAAAAAAAAAGCCUUUUUUCCCUCCAUUUUUGCCUUUAUUUCCCCCUUCCCUAUGCUUAGCCUGGUUAUGUCAUAAUCAAAGUGUCGUCACACUUCUAACAAAUGGAAGUCUGUAUCCAUUAGAACUUCAUACAAGUUUGGAAAUGAGGAGAAUGCAUUUUAGAGAGAGAGAGAAAUAUAUAAAUAUAUAUAUUACAGCUUUAAGUAAAGUUUGACAAUAUGAUAUUCACUGUCAUUUGAAAUUCAGUUGUUAGGACAAUUUUGGUAUUUUACCAUAUUGCAAUAAAAGAUUUUUGAAACUGGCACAUUCUUGCUGUCUUUCUUGAGCAGUAGAAAUACAAUUUUAAAAGAACCAAAUGGAUCUACAAUAUAGUUUGAGUAUCUUCUAAAGAAGGCUGCUAUUAAAAAUAUAGGCUGCUCGUAGUUUAUGCCUUUUAAGGACUUCAUAAUGUUGUUCAAUUUCUAACUAUUCCAAUAGAAUACAUUUCUCAGCUGUGGCAGCUAAAUCCCGCAGAUGGAUGGUUAAGGACAGCAACAGGACUAUAACAUUAAUGAUUAUGCUUUAAUAUUAUAGAGGUAAAAAUCAGCAAAAUGCAGCAUGAAAUGAAGCAGCUAGUUUAUUAACUUGAGUGGGAUAUAUAGAACAUAACCACUACAAUUACAAUGGCUAUUAGUUGGUUUCCAGGCGCACAAGUGCCUGACAACAAGACUUUCAGAUUGCAUUGGUAGUUCUUUUUUGUAUGUGCAAUAUGGUGUAGCCAGUAAUACUGGUCACCCUUAGAGGUUAACAAAUCCUUACGGUUCAAAGAACUGGACAGAGGACAACUUGCCUCAUAUUUCUGGAUCUUUCCCUCCUGGUUGAGCUUCUGCAGGACUCUGCACACGUGGCUCUCGGAGAGCAUUUGGAGGAUGCUGAGAUUAUGCCUGCCCCAGCGGAUAGCGCUGACAUUUGAGAUUGCGUGGUUGAAUUGUGAUUUGUUUUUUUGUGUAAUACGCCAUUUUUUUUGUUCUUGCGGAAAUGAAGCAAUGGAGUACAGUAAGUGAAAAAAUGCCUGAAACGCUUUAUUAUGCCAUUAGCCUGCAGAACCCCACAUUUACCAUUAGUGGCCUUUCACCACAUCCCUAGUAAUAACUAAUAUGAAGUGAUUGGUUACAAGAUGGUUUUUAUGGUCAUGGAUGGCCCUUCCUGUAUGAAAGCCAUUCCCCAGGGAAGUUAGCCUGAAGCCAUUUCUGAUAUUAUUCUUGGUCAGGUGCGUAUUUCACCCUGAACUGGUUUUUACAUUUUAACUACUUUGCUAUAUAUUCAUGCUACUAUAAUUUCCGUCUCCCUUACUUCAAAAGGCAACCUAAACUUCAGUUUAAAGGAAAUACAUUUUAAUGAGAAAGAUGCCUUUGGGAAAAGAUUUCAGGAAUGGGACUCAUCUGCAAACGUGCUGGUUAUCAUUUAACUCAGUAACAGAUCAAUUUUGAAUGAUGUUUUUUGUCUUCUGAAUUCAGUACAAAGGGUCAUGCACUUAUCUCCCAUUCAGCUAAUCUGAUUUCUGGCCUCUGAAAUUUAAAACACUGCAAGGAUGGGUUUUUAAAAUCCAACAUGCUGGUCCACUGCUACGGUAUAUUAUUUCUACUAACAUACCAAAUCCAAAGAUCAGUUCUUACCUAUAGUAAAUGUAAUGAAGGCCAUCUGCUGGAAGACUAGUGGGCUUCCUUGUGCAGGUGGCUGACCACUGUGAGAACAGACUGUUGGGACUAGAUGGGCCACGGGUCUGAUCCACCAGGGCCCUGCUUACGUUCUUAUGGUCUAGGAAAACAAGGCAUGUAUCUAUAAAUCUCAACUCUACUGAAAAGUUGCAGUCAAAAACCCUCCUGCAAUGAGCUGCUCUAUACGUUUUCGAACAAUAUACUCUGGGAAACUGGUGGAAUCAGUACAUUAACACGUUAGAGAGUCAUUACGAGGAGCUUAGAAAAGCAGAACGAAGAGCUGGGGGCAGGAACGUAUGAGCAUUCAUAUUAAUUGCUCUGAUCAAAUAUGGCAAAUGAGUCUCAGAAAAAAAAAAGACCUUUUAAAAAAGCCUCCAUAGCUGAUUAGUCUAAGGCCAGAAUGUCACUUUUAUGAUAGGCAAAAUGUGGGCAAUGGUCCUCUCAAUGGUGACUAAUUAUGACCUAGUUCACACAUUGCUGUAAGCUGAGGACUUGAAUAUAUUCCAUGGGAACAUGGAGAGGAGAACUCUGUAAUGGACUGAGGAAAAAAUUCUCCACAAAAGAUUACGGGAAGACUGUCCACAAGGGCCCCUUCAUGGAUCACUGCCUUGUCAUGGCGAAGGGGCUUGCGUAACUCAGUGAAGCCAUGAGCUAU